AGAAAAGAGACGGGCUAGUUACGCUCACAUGAAGGGAAGCGCGAGACAUUUCUGAGCCGGUUGUGGCAAGCGGUCGGUUGAGUCAGUGCGCUUCAGCACCACUCCCCUGUCAAAGCGGGAUCUGCCUUCUCACACAACCUCUCAGACUGCUGCCACUCUCAUUGACUUGACUUGAAGAACCACAAAGCUGUGGAUGCCAGCAGCAAAGAUCUUCCAGUACCCAAAGGUGGGGAGCAGUCCAUGGACCUGACCGUCUCCCGGAGGCUGGUCCAUCCAGGCAGAGAUUCGGCUAUGCUGGGCCCCCACCGUCCCUUAUUCCUGGGACCGUUUACCUCUCAGCACUGUUCUCAGUUUUCAUACCAACACUUGCAGUAUAACACUGAACAAAGGCAAAGAGAGAUGGAGGCUGAGAAGCAAGAAGAGCUACAACAGCUAAUACGAAAGAGUAAAAAUGAACAAAGUGCUGUCGCGAGUCCACUGGUGAGGCAAAAACUCAGAGAGCACAUCAUCAUGAAGAGCCAGCCCAGCCACGACAGGGUCACCCCCAAACACGGCAGUCCUUCACCAGGAUACGGGCACCCACUCCCAGAGACGUCCCCAAAGUCUCAGCCGUCACCCAGCGACAUCCAAUGUAAAGAACUGCGGCGAACAGUGUCUGAGCCAACAUUGAAGUGGAAGUUAAAGAAGCUCAUCAGCACAAGACCAAAUCCCUUGCAGAGGAAGAGCAGCGCCCCUCCUGCCGUCAAGCACAGGACAGAAACUCUAGACUCUUCGCCAAGCAGCACCCGAGCAUCCGAUUGUAGCUCUCCCAACGACAACCUCCAUUCAGACAAUGGCGCCCUCACACUUGCUCAUGAGGCGCAAAGGCUUCUGCUGAAGGAUGGUCGACUGGCCAAUUUCACGCUGCCCGCCAGCCCGACUGCCAGGCCCAACAUCACUGCAGGACUUCCUGCACAGGUUGACAUGCGAGUAGCCAAGACUCUGGCAGUUUCCGCUCUGCCUCAAGUCUACUUACCUCUCGGCGGAAGUUUUCCAGCCCAGGGUCAUGGCUUGCAGCCUGUACUUAUACUGGAACCCCAUACUGGCCUUGUACACUCGCAACUCAUCUCCUAUCAAGGUCUGAGCCCCCCUCUCCUGCAACAGCGACCUCAGCUGACCUCCCCCACAAGACGAGAAGCCCGCGGCACCUUUUCCUCGCACAAACCUUUGGAGCGAACCCGCUCGGAACCUCCGCCCUACAGCCACUCGCCCCUUCCUCUGCAUGCUAGCCUGCACCAGCUGCCUCAGCAGUCCCACAAGAGCGGGCCGGAGAGGUUUAAGUUGAAUCCCCUCCUGACCAAGAUCCCGUCCGAGGACAUGGACCUGGAGGAUUUUGGAUCCGAGUCAGGAUCCGUGUGCGGCUCUGAACCGGGCUCGGUUUGUGAGGACAGCUAUCGCAGGAGAGAAAGUUCUGCCAGCACAGACUCCGUUUAUGGCACAGAGUCCACUACCUCCUCACGGGAAAGCCUGAUUGAGACCUCGCAUUCGGUCAGUCCGAGGCAGUUGGUCCACCGAGCAGGAUUCCAUAUGGACUCGCCGAAUGCAGCUAUCCUGAUGUGGCCUCACCAGCCUCUGGUCCGAACCCAGUCCUCUCCUGCCUCAACCUCCCUGCCUCCUCUUCAGAAUGCAUCCUCCACUAUCCCAGUUUCUCUGUCCAGUCCCACAACAGAUGUCAAGCUCCGUUUCACCACUGGUGUUGUCUACGAUGCACAGAUGCAAAAGCACCAGUGCACCUGUGGGGACAACAGCUGCCACCCCGAGCAUCCUGGGAGAAUCCAGAGCAUUUGGUCCCGACUGCACGAACGAGGCCUGCGGAGCCAUUGUGAGCACAUCCGAAGUAGGAAGGCCACUUUAGAAGAGCUGCAGUCAGUCCAUUCAGAAAAACACGUGCUUCGGUACGGCACCAACCCUCUGCACCACCUCAAGGUAGACAACCCCAAGUUGGCUCGAAUCUUGACUCAACGUAUAUUUGUUAUGUUACCAUGUGGAGGAGUAGGGGUCGAUAACGACACUGUCUGGAACGAGCUUCACACGGCAGCGGCUUCUCGGAUUGCGGCCGGCUGCGUCAUCGACCUGGCGCUGAAGGUGGCACAAGGAGAGCUGAAGAAUGGAUUUGCAGUGGUGAGGCCGCCCGGGCACCAUGCCACACACUCCUCUCCUCAGGGUUUUUGUUUCUUCAAUUCAGUCGCCAUCGCUGCCAAGCAACUGCAACAGAAACUCAAUGUGGGCAAAAUCCUAAUUGUGGACUGGGAUGUCCACCAUGGCAACGGUACCCAGGAAGCCUUCUACAACGACCCAAGUGUCCUGUAUAUCUCGCUACAUCGCUACGAUAACGGCAACUUCUUCCCCGGUGGGGGGCAUCCUACCGAGGUUGGUGUGGGGCCAGGCGAGGGUUUCAACGUGAACAUCGGAUGGACUGGCGGUUUGAACCCUCCCAUGGGUGAUGCCGAAUAUCUGGCUGCAUUCAGAGCCGUGGUGAUGCCCAUCGCCCACGAGUUCUCCCCUGACGUGGUGCUGGUUUCGGCGGGAUUUGAUGCAGUCGAAGGCCAUUCGCCGCCACUGGGUGGCUACAAGGUCACCGCCAAGUGUUUUGGGUUCCUUACUCGACAGCUGAUGUCACUAGCUGGGGGUCGUGUGGUUCUGGCUCUGGAAGGGGGACAAGACCUCAAGGCCAUAUGUGACGCCUCUGAAGCCUGCAUCAGCGCCUUGCUGGGAAUGGAGGUGGAGCCUUUGUCCCAGUCCGUGUUGGACCAAAAGCCUUGCGAUAAUGCCAUGCAGUCACUACUGAGUGUCAUCCAGGUUCAAGGUGACUACUGGCAGAGUGUGAAGGACUCGGCCGCCACCGUGGAGCUGUCCUACCUGCAGGCCCAGAGGCGAUGGCUGAGACGAGACUCAGACAGUGAGGCCAUCGAAGCCAUCGCCGCUCUGUCCAUGGGAGCGGCCAUCUCUGACAGGAAAAAUGUUGAAAAAGGGCAAGAGAAAAACCAUUCCACAUGAAGAGGGAAUCUUCGGAAGCAGACACCCUUCUCACGUUCCUAAAUGGAAGCCGUACCCACAGAACCACACACAGACACAAAUGUGCCUGUGAAGCAGAGCAGACAUCCCCUCUGACGACUAACCAAAAGAAAAUAUAAUUUUGCACUAUAGAACUGUGUUGUAAUUUGGGCCUGUUUGUGCUCAGAUAUUCAGACAUAUGUAAGAUUUUUUUUUUUUUUUUUAAGUCCAGCCACGGUGACUUUUUUCUUCUCGCUUGGCCUGGAUGCAGCGCUUUUGACCAAGCCCACCGUCAUCACAUCAUAAUCCCCAAGCGCCUCUUUCUACACGAGACAAGCCUCAGUGCAGCGUGACCAAUGGAAGAUGAUUGAUGUCAUGUUGUCAGGAGUCCAUAUGUCGCUUCCACCUGAUCGUGUCAGGUAGAACUGUUAUUUUCUUUUGGGUUUUUGGACCUGUGGAUGAGCAUUCCUGCUGUAUUUUUAGAUAUGUACUUAAUACCUGUUGUAUGUUUUUAGCUAACAUUGCCGCUGCAACAGAAGGCCUUUGUGUAUCAUGAUUGAGCACAUGUAUUAGAACAAUGUCCCGUCGAUGGACUGGCAUGGCUCUAAGAAGUUUGUGAAUGUGUUUUUUUUAACAUCACCAAAGUGUCAAGAAAUUCCUAUCUCAAAGAAAAGUCUUUAUUUUUUAUUUAUGUUUUCGUAUUCUUUGAGACACGCUUGUGUGUGACAGCGCGGUGAAUUGUAGGAUUUUUAGAAUACAUUGUUUCUGCAAAUUUUUUUUCUUAGUUUAUUUCAUGCUGUUCGCGCAUCCAGAACGCUGUCAAGCUGUCAGUCAUGUGCUGACGAUGUGAAAACAACGACAAGCUGGCGAAACAAUCCAUUUUGUUUUUGGAGUUGUAGCUUACUUUUUAUCUAACAUAUCUCAUUACUCACCUGUUGUCUUAAUGAAAGCUUUUUUUUGGGGGGGAUUAUGAUGAAAAAGAGAAGCUGCCCAAUGUGCUAAUGUAAAGAGACCAAAUGGUGAAAUGAAGUUUCUGACCAAGAUACAUGAAGGUCAAUUUGACAUGAUGCUUUUUCGAUUGUCCAUUUUUAACAUUUAUCAUGUCAAAAAAAAAAUUAUAUUCAUUUAAAAAAAAUCUGUCUCCUCUUG